GUGAGCGCCAGGGGGCAGCGGCCGUGGUGGGACGAGGAAGGUCCCGGGGAAGAAAAGGUGGCCCCGGCCGGCUGCAGAAGCCCGGAGUCAGAGGCGCGGCCUGGGUGAAGCGAAAGGCUGUCCCGCCCUGCCCUGCCCUUGGGAUCUCUGGCUCUGGUCCUCCUUCCCACAGCAGCAUCUUUUGGCUUUCGCCUGCGGGUCAGCGUCUCCUCGCCAUGGCUCCCUCCAGGCCGGCGGCAUCAGGCCGUCCACUGAGAGUGUGGGGUUUGCUUCUGGCAGUGCUGGGGAACGUGCUGUGCCAAGAGCCUGAACAUCCCCAUGGCUGUUCCCAAGGCAGCUGCUACCCAGCCACGGGAGACCUGCUGGUAGGCAGGGCUGAUCGACUCUCUGCCACGUCUACCUGUGGCCUGAGACACCCACAGCCCUACUGCAUUGUCAGUCAUUUGCAGGAUGAGAAAAAGUGUUUUGUGUGCGACUCACGUCAACCUUAUGACCCUGUGUCCAACCGUAACAGCCACCGCAUUGAGAACGUGAUUACUGCCUUUGCCCGCCAUCGCAAGAAGACCUGGUGGCAGUCAGAGAAUGGAGUGGAGCAGGUCAGUAUCCGCCUGGACUUAGAGGCUGAAUUCCACUUCACGCAUUUAAUCAUGACUUUCAAGACCUUCCGGCCUGCAGCUAUGCUGGUGGAGCGCUCAGCAGACUUUGGCCGCACCUGGCAGGCGUACCGCUACUUUGCCUAUGACUGUGCAGCAUCCUUCCCCGCUGCCUCCGCCGGACCCUUGAGACGAGUGGACGAUGUUAUCUGUGAGUCACGAUACUCGGAAAUUGAACCGUCGACGGAAGGGGAGGUAAUCUACAGAGUGCUGGAUCCAGCUAUCCCAAUCCAUGACCCCUACAGUCCAAAAAUUCAGAAUCUCCUGAAAGUCACCAACCUGAGGAUGAACUUGACUAAGCUGCACACUCUGGGAGAUAACCUCCUGGAUUUACGUCGGGAAAUCAAGGAGAAGUACUACUAUGCGGUGUAUGAGAUGGUGUUGCGGGGCAACUGCUUCUGCUACGGGCAUGCCUCAGAAUGUGCCCCUCUCACUGGCCGUCCUGCUGCUAUCGAAGGCAUGGUACAUGGCCGUUGUGUCUGCAAGCACAACACCAAAGGGCUGAACUGUGAGCUAUGCAAUGACUUUUAUCAUGAGCUGCCCUGGCGCCCAGCUGAGGGACGCCGCACAAAUGCCUGCAAGAUGUGCAACUGCAACGAACACUCCCACCGGUGCCACUUCGACAUGGCCGUGUACCUGGCCACGGGCAACUCCAGUGGCGGCGUCUGUGAUGAGUGCCAGCACAACACCAUGGGCCGCCACUGCCAGAUCUGCAAGCCGUUCUACUAUAAGGAUCCCACCAAGGACAUCCGUGACCCUGGCAUGUGCCGAGCUUGUGACUGUGACCCUGAUGGGACAUUAGAUGGUGGCGUGUGUGACACACAUGAUGAUCCAACGCUGGGUCUGAUUGCCGGACAGUGUCGGUGCAAGGGGCGCGUGGAGGGGGCACGCUGUGACAAAUGCAAGUCUGGCUUCUUCGGACUGAGUGCGGAAAACCCACAAGGCUGCCAGCGCUGCCAGUGCAACCCCCAAGGCACAGUGCAGGAGGGGGCCCAGUGCGAUGCCAUCACGGGGGACUGCUUCUGCAAACGCUUGGUUACCGGGCGCAGCUGUAAUCAGUGCCUGCCUGAACACUGGGCUUUGAGCCCCGAUCUGUAUGGCUGCCGUCCUUGUGAUUGCGAUGUAGGGGGUGCCUACGACAACCAAUGUGCUGCAGAGACGGGACAGUGUCGCUGCCGCAGCCACAUGGUAAGCCGGCAGUGUAAUCAAGUUCAGACUGGCUACUAUCGCGUGGUGUUGGAUCACUACACAUAUGAGGCGGAAGGAGCCCGCCUCCACCAGGGAGCUGAAGUGGUACAGCGAGCGCACCUCCCUGGCCGUCCAGUCACAUGGACUGGGCUUGGGUUUGCUCGGGUGCUGGAGGGCAGUGUGGUGGAAUUCCAUAUCAACAAUGUGCCAUUUUCCAUGGAAUAUGAUAUCCUGCUGCGCUACGAACCUCAGUUUCCAGGAAAAUGGGAAGAAGUGAAGGUGUCUGUGGUGCGUCCCGGGCCUGUCCCCACCAGUAGUCCAUGUGGAAACAUCAUCCCUGCCGAUGACUUGAUGUCUACAGCUCUGCUACCCACAUCCCGGUACAUUGUGCUGCCACAGCCAGUCUGCCUAGAGCAAGGAAUCAGGUACACCAUUAGGGUGGAGUUUACCCAUUAUGGAGGGCGUGAGCAUUUGCAAGGCGCUGCGAUACUCUUGGACUCUUUGGUCCUGGUGCCACGCUACUCCUCCUUGGAGAUGUUCAUUGCUGGGGAUGCCGCCUCUAUUGCUCGCAAAGAGACCUUUGAGCGCUACCGCUGUGCCCAGCAGGCUCGCCCUGUGAUUAAGGUGCCCACCCCGGAGUCUUGUGCCAACUUGCUCACCAGCAUGUCAGCCAUCAUUCACCAGGGGGCACUCCCCUGCCAGUGUGACCUCCAGGGCUCUCUGAGCCUCGAGUGCAACCCAGAUGGCGGACAGUGUCAGUGCAAGCCUCACGUCAUGGGCCGUCGCUGUGAACGCUGUACCCCUGGCGCCUUUGGCUUCGGACCUGGUGGCUGCAAACCAUGCCAGUGCAGCAGCCACGGGUCCUUGAGUAGCUUCUGUGACAACUUCAGUGGGCAGUGUCCUUGCCGGCCAAGUGUCUUUGGGCUUCGCUGCGAUCAUUGCCAGCCUGGCCACUGGGGCUUCCCAAACUGCCGUCCGUGCCAGUGUAAUGGCCGCUCAGAGGAAUGUGAUCAGCGGACAGGCAGCUGUUUGCAUUGCCGGGGCCACACGGAAGGAGAUCGGUGUGAGAGAUGCAUGGCCGGAUACCAUGGGAACCCAGCACUGUCCUUGGGGGGCCAAUGCCGCCCUUGCCCCUGCCCUGAGGCUCCUGGCUCUGGCCGCCAUUUUGCAGUCACUUGCCGCCCAGACAGCCCCUCGGGAACUGUAAUGUGCAGCUGCCUCGAAGGUUAUACAGGCCCACGCUGUGACGAGUGUGCUCCUGGUUAUUAUGGCAACCCUUGGCAGGUUAGGGGACGAUGCCAGCCCUGCGCCUGUAAUAACAACAUUGAUCUGGCAGACCCCAAAUCCUGUGAUCGACGCACAGGCCAAUGUCUUCGGUGCCUCUACCACACAGAGGGAGACCAAUGCCAACAUUGCCAAAGGGGUUACUAUGGCAAUGCCGCUCGACGUACCUGCCACCGUUGUUCUUGUAAUUAUCUGGGUACAGUCCGAAGCAAAUGCUCCUCACAGGAGCAGUGCCAAUGUGAUCGGUACAGUGGGCAGUGCCAGUGCCUACCCAGUGUCCAAGGACAGAACUGUGACCGUUGCGCCCCCAACUUCUGGAACUUAACCAGUGGACAGGGCUGCCAACCGUGUGAUUGCCACUCCCAUUACUCAUUGAGCCCUGCUUGUAAUCAGUUCACAGGGCAGUGCCAGUGUCGGCCAGGAUUCGGGGGCCGCACCUGUUCAGAGUGCCAGGAAAACCACUGGGGUCAGCCAGGUCAGCAGUGCAGAGCCUGUGACUGUGAUCCACGUGGGAUUGAGAAGCUGCAAUGUCACCGUACCACUGGGCACUGCUCCUGCCGCCCGGGUGUGUCAGGCGUGCGUUGUGACCAUUGCUCCCGUGGCUUUGCUGGUGAAUUCCCCGCCUGCCAGCCCUGCCACCAAUGCUUUGGAGACUGGGAUCGCAUUGUGCAAGAUUUGGCUGCCCACACCCGCAGCCUGAUGCAGCGGGCCCAACAAUUCCACCAGAUGGGGCUUGCUGGGGCUUUCGAGGGCCCCUUCCGUCGACUGCAGGACAAACUGAGUGCCAUCCAGGGUGUGGUCAGCGCUCGCAAUGCCACCGCCAACACCAUCACCCACCUCUUGCGUAAUAUGGAUGAUGUGCGGCAGGAGAUAGCUGAUAUAACAGAAACACUGACCCAGCUGGAGGGAUUGCUGACAGCCACCCAGGACAAGAAUUUUAAUGCCAAUCACGCACUGGGUACCCUGGAGCGCAGCGUUCGAAGCCUCAACCUCAGCCUAGCAGACCUGAAACACCAGCUUAAUAUUCUCAUCAAUGCCAACGUGUUGGGGGCCUAUGACAGUAUCCACCAGUUCUUUGUGCUGUCGCGUGAAGCAGAGCUCCGGGCGAAUGCCUCAACCUUGGCUGUGCCUAGUCCUGUCAGCAAGUCAGCUGCUUCCCGGCGUCGCACCGAACACCUGAUGACGUCCCGGAGGGAAGCUUUUAAUCGGCAGAAUGCAGCCAACCGCCGUGGGCUGGGGGACCUCUCGACACGCAUCCGAGGGCUGAGACUGGAUCAGAUCAAUGAGAAGGUCUGUGGGGCCCAGGGAGAUACUCCCUGUGCCAUCGAUUCCUGUGGAGGGGCUGGUUGCUAUGACGAGGAUGGCAGACGUCACUGUGGAGGCCUCCACUGCAAUGGAGCAGUAGCCACAGCUGACAACGCACUGGACCGAGCCCGCCAUGUUGAAGAGGAGCUGCACAAUGCAGUCUCAGAAGUGGAAAGCCUGCUGCAUCAGGUCUCCAAUGCUAAGGCGCGGGCAGCUGAAGCCAAGCAGAGGGCACAGGCAGCCUUGGACCACGCCAAUGCCACCAAAGCUCGGUUGGAGCACUCAAAUAAGGAGCUGCGAGACCUUAUCCAGCAAGUCAAAGAAUUCCUUAAUCUCGAGGGGGCUGAUCCUGACAGCAUUGCCCUGGUGGCUUCCCGCGUGCUGGAGCUCUCCAUCCCAGCCUCCCCUGUGCAGAUCCACCAUCUUGCUGAGGAAAUCAAGGAACGGGUCAGCAGCCUUGCCAACGUGGAUGCUAUCCUGGAUCAAACGGCAGGGGAUGUCCGCAUCGCAGGGCAGCUACUGCAGGAUGCACGCCGGGCCAACGCUCGGGCAGAGAGUGUAAAAAAUGGAGCUGAAGCCGUGAAAAAGGCUCUUGAUGAUGCCAAACGUGCCCAAAACGCUGCCGAAAAAGCCAUCAACUCUGCAGAUGAUGAUAUCCAACACACAAACACAGUUGUUAACGAGAUUAACAGGAAGACUGCAAAUGCCGAGGUUGAGUUGGCUGCAGCAAAGAAACGAGUGGGCCAUCUUGACAGGCAGGUGGAUGUUCUGAAAAUGAAGCGGGCCAGCAACAUCCUGGCAGCCACACGAGCAGAAGAGACAGCCAGUGCUGCCAAGAACCGAGCUGAGGAAGCUGAACAGGUUCUGGAGGGACCGCUGGGUGAUCGAUACCGCACCAUGCAGGAGCUCGUGGAACGCAAAGCCCAGCAUGUACUGGGGGCCCGAAAGAAAGCAGAGCACCUGAGAGAUGAGGCCAAAGGACUUCUGCGCAAUGCUCACGAAAAGCUACGGCGGCUGAGCAAGCUGGAAGAAACCUAUGAAGAAAAUGAGAGACUGCUACAAGAGAAAGCAACUGAGUUGGAUGGGCUGGAAGCCAAGAUGAGGAGCAUCUUGAAAGACAUCAAUGAGCAAAUCCAAAUCUACAACACUUGCCAAUGAUUCCCCAUCAUGUGCUCUCCCGUGUCCAUAGUGUAAAUCCCACUUACUACCCCCAUCCACGUGCUUAAAGCAGCACUGCUUUUGGCUUAGCCUGGCCUAGCUCCAACUACUACAUGGAGCACCGAUUCCUAUGGCCAUUCCUUCCCAGUAUCUCUUGAUAGAUCAACAUCACCCUGCUCACAACCUCCACUGUGUCAGGAAACACAACACUGCCCCAUAACUUUCUUAUGAGACUGCUAACAUCCAGCACUGGGAAUGUCAGUCUGGCAGUACUUGAUGCUUUUCUGUUUUUAUGCUAUUCUUGUUUUCAGUGUUCCACACACAGCAGUAUAGGAAUCUCCUUCCAAUGUGUGGAGGCUUAAACAGAGAAGGAUGGUCUAAGAAUGGAUCAGAUGAGGUAGUUACACUGGCAUGCAUGUUUCACAUGACCUGCCUCAACCAGAGUGGCUUACGUUUGUGGGAAAAUAAAGACCCAAAGUGGCAAUGCUUUUUG